AAAAAAAGUACGCAAAUAGAAAACAAUUUGCAAGUCAUUUGUGGGUUACACGUCCUUCUGUUAAAAAAAUCGAUUAUUUAAUUAAUUUACUAGGUAUUUUAUCGCGCUAAACGUUCAAAUAAUCAAACAAUAGUAUGGCUGAUUCAAAGCAGGGUGAAGAUUUAGCAACCGCUAUCUUGAAACAAAAGUCGAAACCAAAUCGUUUAUUGGUCGAUGAUGCUGUAAAUGAUGAUAAUUCAAUUGUAUGUUUGUCUCAAGCCAAAAUGGACGAAUUACAGCUAUUUAGAGGUGACACAGUUUUGCUGAAAGGCAAGCGACGUAAAGAAACUGUUUGCAUCGUACUUUCUGAUGAAAACUGUCCAAAUGAGAAGAUUCGUAUGAAUAGGGUUGUUAGGAAUAACUUGCGAGUCCGUUUGUCAGAUAUUGUUUCUAUUCAAUCUUGUCCGGAUGUCAAAUACGGCAAACGUGUCCAUAUUUUGCCGAUCGAUGAUACCGUCGAAGGACUUAGCGGAAAUCUCUUUGAUGUUUACUUAAAGCCCUAUUUUCUCGAAGCUUAUCGUCCAAUCCAUAAAGACGAUACAUUCAUUGUUCGUGGUGGUAUGAGAGCUGUCGAAUUUAAAGUUGUUGGAACUGAUCCUGAACCAUACUGUAUCGUUGCACCUGAUACUGUUAUCCAUAAUGAAGGCGACCCAAUUAAGCGUGAAGAAGAAGAAGAAGCAUUGAAUGCUGUCGGUUAUGACGAUAUUGGUGGAUGCCGUAAGCAAUUGGCUCAAAUCAAAGAAAUGGUUGAAUUACCAUUGAGACAUCCAUCAUUAUUUAAAGCUAUUGGCGUUAAACCACCCCGUGGUAUUCUUCUUUAUGGACCACCUGGAACUGGAAAGACUUUAAUUGCUCGUGCUGUAGCAAAUGAAACUGGAGCAUUCUUUUUCCUCAUCAAUGGUCCAGAAAUUAUGUCAAAAUUGGCUGGUGAAUCAGAAUCGAAUUUACGAAAGGCAUUCGAAGAGGCCGAUAAGAAUUCUCCUGCUAUUAUUUUCAUUGAUGAAUUGGAUGCUAUUGCACCAAAGCGAGAAAAGACUCAUGGUGAAGUUGAACGUCGUAUUGUUUCUCAGCUUUUGACAUUGAUGGACGGAAUGAAGAAAAGCUCUCAUGUUAUUGUCAUUGCUGCAACAAAUCGACCAAAUUCCAUUGAUGCAGCACUUCGUCGAUUUGGACGUUUUGAUCGUGAAAUUGAUAUAGGCAUUCCAGACGCAACUGGUAGAUUAGAAGUUUUAAGAAUUCAUACUAAAAAUAUGAAGUUAGCUGAAGAUGUUGAUUUGGAACAAAUUGCUGCCGAAUCACAUGGACAUGUUGGAGCUGAUUUAGCUUCAUUGUGUUCAGAAGCUGCACUUCAACAAAUUCGUGAGAAAAUGGACUUGAUUGAUUUAGAAGAUGAUCAAAUUGAUGCUGAUGUCUUAAACUCAUUGGCUGUUACUAUGGAUAACUUCCGUUAUGCUAUGACUAAGUCUAGUCCAUCAGCAUUACGUGAAACUGUCGUAGAGACUCCAACUACAACAUGGACUGAUAUUGGAGGUUUGGAGAAUGUCAAGCGUGAAUUACAAGAAUUGGUUCAAUAUCCAGUUGAACAUCCAGAUAAAUUCUUAAAGUUUGGUAUGCAACCAUCACGAGGAGUUUUGUUCUAUGGUCCACCUGGUUGUGGUAAAACUCUCUUGGCUAAGGCUAUUGCCAAUGAAUGUCAAGCAAAUUUCAUCUCCGUUAAAGGACCUGAAUUGCUUACAAUGUGGUUUGGUGAAUCAGAAGCAAAUGUUCGUGACAUUUUCGAUAAGGCUCGUUCAGCUGCACCUUGUGUUCUCUUCUUUGAUGAAUUGGACAGUAUCGCAAAAUCUCGUGGUGGAAGUUCUGGUGAUGCUGGCGGUGCUGCUGAUCGUGUUAUCAAUCAAAUUCUUACAGAAAUGGACGGUAUGGGAGCUAAAAAGAAUGUUUUCAUAAUUGGAGCUACAAACAGACCCGACAUUAUUGACUCAGCAAUUUUACGUCCAGGACGUUUAGAUCAACUCAUCUAUAUUCCAUUGCCUGAUGAUAAAUCUCGUAUUGCUAUUUUACAAGCUAAUUUGAGAAAGAGCCCUGUUGCGAAGGAGGUUGAUUUGGGAUACAUUGCGAAAGUCACAAACGGAUUUUCUGGUGCUGACUUGACAGAAAUUUGUCAGCGUGCUUGUAAAUUAGCUAUUCGACAAGCCAUUGAAACUGAAAUCCGCCGUGAAAAGCAACGAAGUGAUAACACGAAUGUUGCAAUGGAUAUGGACGAAGAUGACCCAGUUCCAGAAAUCACAAGAGCUCACUUUGAGGAAGCUAUGAAGUUCGCUCGUCGUUCAGUAUCUGAUAAUGACAUUCGCAAAUAUGAGAUGUUUGCUCAAACCUUACAGCAAUCAAGAGGGUUUGGAAACAAUUUCAGAUUCCCAUCAAGCGGUUCAGGUGGAGGCUCAGGAAAUCCUGAUCAACCUUCUCAACCCAGUAAUGAUGUUGAUGAAGAUCUUUACAGUUAAAUUAAUCGCUAAGAGCUUUAUGUAGGAACAACAGCACUUACAGGAAACAAUUUUGUCUCACAGAAUCAGCAACAAUAAAAAAAACAAUGAAAGCAUAAGAAAUUAAGUGAUUUGGUUUUGAAAGUUUCUUCUCAAUUUCUUAUAUCUUCAUCAUUCUUUAUACAUAAUUUCUAAUACUUACUAUUAUUAUUAUAUAUUUAAUUAUGGUACUUUUUUCCUCCACAAAAUCGUUUCCUUUCCAUCGGAUGAAUAAAUAUUUAAAACUGGCAAAUUUUAUAUUAUAAAAAAAUUAAAGAACACUUUAAGAUGUAGAUUGAUAAUAAGUAUGAUGAUGAAUAAUUUGAAUUUUUCUUGAUAGAAAUAAACAUGAU